GAAUCUCUUCUUUUUUCCGCCUCUCCACUUUGUGUUAAGGGGGGCAAGCGGUCAACUUUUCCAUCUUAAUCUGUGCCAUCUUAGCUGUGAAUGUGUCAUUGUUUUAGCAUGUGUGGGCCAUUCGUGUGCCUCUUUAGAGGGAAGACGUGCUGGCGAUGGUAUCACAAGAGGAAAUCAGCUCCACUUCCUUUUCGUCAGAGAGAAAUAAAAUAAAAUGUGCCAUAGCCAGCUGGCAAAGAGUUGCCAUCAUUUGCAUGCAUGCAAAACAGCUGCCGUGUGUGUGCUGUGUGAGGAGGUGCAGGUUUAAACAUUCACAUGAACUGACUGAGUUAAAUAUAGGCCUUCAGUGAAAGCACCCAGCUAAAAGUAGACAUCAAUUCAGAGGUCUUUUAUCAAAAGCAGUGUAAAGGACCGGCGUUGAGUUCCUGUUCGAAAUUACAGAGUUGUGAAGAAGUGAUCACUCAGAUGCUUGUGAGUUUGGAGGAUGUUAGCAAUACUGCUGACGUUUGUUGCAUCAUAAUGAAAUGUGUUUCUAGUCUAGACUAUAUCGAGAUGAGGGCCUGUGGGCUCCACUCAGGGUGGAAUGUUUAAUAUUUUCUCAACUUUUAUGGACAAUAUAUGACAAUACCAAAAGAUCCAUCUGUGCAUGUUCAAGCAAGAAUGUCAUACUUAGUUAUACAGUAUAGUGUCAGAAAGUGCUUUAUAACCCAGUACAUGGUAUAUAAAUGAAGGACAUAACAGCAGCACAACGUUUCAAGAAAGGAAAGAAACAACACUAAAAUGUGGGAUAGAAUAUUCCAGCUCAGAAGUAACAAAUGCAUCAUCAGCAUCAACAGUAGUAAGUUAGUGUAAAGUAGCUUGACUUAUGCUAAAUAAUAUUGUAAUUUACAAAAUGAGCCUCAAAUUCCAUAAAAAAGAGACUGGAAACAUGCUUAUAUUAAUGGAUCUUCUUUAUAUAAGCAGAGAAGUCGCCAUCUUUGACUGUUAGAAAAAGAAUCAGGUUUAAGACGUGAUCACAUUAGCUUUGCCUUUCAGCACUUUAAGGAACAUUCAGCUUUUAUAUACAGUAAAUGCGUCACUAUUGGCCCCUUUUAAGCCAUCCAGGCAUGAAUAUAGAGAUAACUCCUAAAUGUAAAUAAAUACUUUUUUUGAUGGUGUGAAUUGUCUUAACACUCCUUCAGUGGCUGUUUGGGUUGGCGAUGACUUCCUGUACCAAAGCUGAGGAAUUCAAAUAUCUUGGGCUCUCAAUUGGCUCAAUUUUGGCUCUCCCUUAGAUAUAGAGUUAGUAGCUGGGUCAUUUCUGACAAGCUAAGAGUGGAGCAACUAAUCCUCCACAUCGAAAAGAGCCAGCUCAUUUGGUUCAGGUAUCUGACUAGCAUGACUCCUAGGUGAGGGGUUUUAUGUCUUAUCGGGAGCAAACCCAGUUGAGUUUGCAUUGCAUUACUAGCUUGGCAAAGCCUCAAUGUCCCCUCUGAAGAGUUGGAGUAAAGUUGGAGUCAAUAUGUAAAGUGUUGCAAAGCCAAAUCAAAAAUAAUCUACCAAAGAGUUUAUGUCCAUACAAUUAACCUCAUUCACUGAUCUGAUUCACUAGGUCAGUUUUUAAUAAUCUUUAGCAAGGGUUUUAUAUCUAUUCAGCUUCUAAUUUAAACAUGCAAAGGAGAGCUGCAUGUGAGAUCCUUGAAAAAACAAGUUUUGCCGUCACGACCCCCUGAAAAGACAGUUGCAUUCUCUUAGAGACAGACCGCGAAACCACAUCCUGAAACAGUGCUUAAAUUAGACAGGGGCUUGUCUGCCAGGAUAGAGUUUUCAAAUUUGCUCAUUAAACAAGAUGAUGUUACUAGAAGAAAAGUAACUUGUGCUUCCUAAUGUUGGUUAAAAUGCUGGUGCAGUUGCAAACUGAAUCACAGAAUACCUCCAGCUGAUGCCUUUAUGUACACACGUAAGUCAACUGUGUUAGUGUUAGUGCAUCUGCCCAUUUUCUGGCACAAAUAUAAUGCAGCUGUAACCUAUAUGGACUUGUUGCCAGGUUUCCAGAUUAUAGAUUUUGCUGAUUAAAGGUGUAUAAUUUAUUUGUUACACUUACAUAAUGCUUGAAUCUCCAAUACUGCUUAUGUGCAGAUUAAUUUUUUCAAUUGUUUCCAUAUUUGUUUGUUUGAAGUUUAAGUGGUUGUGUAUGUUUUGAUUGCACAUUUUUGAAUUGCUGAAGUUAAUUUUCACAGUUUUAAAACUGCAUAUAUUUUCACGAGGUUGAAAGUAACACCUCACAAUACAGCCCUCAACUUUCCACAUCAUAGUCCUACAGUUAUUUUCAGCAUCUAAAAUUAGAACUUAUGCAGAGUACAAGAAGGGAGUUUUUUCAGGAUAUUUGAAAGAAAGGCAGGGUUCAAUAUAUCCAGUGGCACAAUGGCUUAGGGCCAGAAAAAAAGUAUGCAGGCAAAUUGGUUGGACUUCUGUUCAAGCCAAAGAAGGUCACCUGUGAAUUGUUUCACAUUAAAAUACCAAUACAUGUCCUUUAUCACGCCACCUGUUUGGAUAGUUUGAAACAGUCUUUUUAGUUAUUCAAAUCCACCAGUGGUUUGUUGUACUCGGUUAUAGCGCAACUAAAUUAAACAGAAAGCAAAGUGAAAUCUGUCUGUGUUAAAAGAAGCUUUUAGAUCUUUAGAUUUUGCACAGAUGUCUAUGCUGCAAGCUGACAGCAACCACCCAGUCUCUUUUUAGCAGCAACACCACAGAAGGCAGUUCAGGUGAGUUUAAAGUGGGGUACAUGAUUUACUCUAUUAUAUUUACUACAAAGCUUCAGAUUUAUGAAAUUAAAUUAGCAAAUAUAUUUGGUAGUAUAUGAGGGGAAGGGAAAACUUAAUUUUAAAGUUUCUUACACUGGUAAUUACACAUGGGUGCAGGCUGUAUUAUAGAGUAUCCCCUCUUGCCUUUUCACAUUAAUUACCCUUAGCUGGGGUGGUCUGUAUUUUUUGUAAUUUCAGGAGAAUUACAUUGGAAAUAAACCAUAAUCUAAAGCCCAUGCAAUUGAAAUGAACAGAUCUUGGUAUAUGGCUUCAUUUCGCUAAUCACUGUGUCCUUUUUUGGAAGCUGAUGAUCACAUAAUCAAGAAAACACUGUGCACUGUUAUAACACGGGGGGAUUGAACAUGUAAUAGUUCCCAAUCCUUCUUAAUUGGGAUCAAGGGUUGUUGUGAAGUAUUCUGGAGUUAAAAGACUAACACAUUCACCAAAAGGUCCUCAGAGUCCAGAAGUACCCCAGACAGAAAGAUUAUUGAAAGCCCAGGAUAUACUGAGCAGCCUACCUGGAAAAUGCCCUUUCUGUAAAUUGUUGUGUUUGUGCAUUUACCACUGAGGGGAAAAAAGGAACUCGGGCAGAAUCAAAGUUGGAGGAAGGACAGCCGAGCUUCCCUCUAGUCCAGUUCUCUCUGUCCAAAAGAUGUCAGCAUCCCCUGCCAGCACCCUAGGAAGGGGAACCAAAACCUCUAAAGCGUCAAAGGAUCAUAAAAAGCCUACACCAGCUGCACUCAAAGGCGCCAUCCAGCUGGGCAUCGGUUAUGCUGUGGGAAACCUCAGCUCGAAACCAGACAGAGAUGUUCUCAUGCAGGACUUUUCUGUGGUGGAGAGUGUCUUCCUGCCAAGUGAGGGUAGCAACCUGACCCCGGCACAUCACUUCCCAGAUUUCCGUUUGAAAACAUACGCCCCACUGGCUUUUCGCUACUUCAGAGAGCUCUUUGGCAUCAAACCGGACGACUAUCUGUACUCCAUAUGCAAUGAGCCGCUGAUAGAGCUGUCCAACCCCGGUGCUAGCAGUUCCUGGUUUUACCUCACCAGCGAUGAUGAGUUCAUCAUCAAGACAGUGCAGCCUAAAGAGGCAGAGUUCCUGCAGAAGCUGCUUCCUGGUUACUACAUGAAUCUCAAUCAGAACCCGAGGACGUUACUGCCCAAGUUCUACGGCCUCUACUGCAUCCAGUGCGGAGGCAUCACCGUUCGAGUGGUGGUCAUGAACAAUGUGCUGCCGCGAGCCAUGAAGAUGCACUACAAGUACGACCUGAAGGGAUCCUCGUACAAGCGCCGCGCCUCACGCAAAGAGCGUUCCAAGCCCUCACCCACAUUCAAAGACCUGGACUUCCAGGACAUGCACGAGGGCCUGGUCUUUGACCCGGACACAUAUAGUGCCUUGAUGAAAACCUUGCAGAGGGACUGUCGGGUCCUGGAAAGCUUUAAGAUCAUGGACUACAGUCUCCUGCUGGGGAUUCACGUUCUGGAUAGGAAGCCGCUGAGCAGAGGAAGCAGAUGUGACAGCAGGAGAGGACAGAAAGUCCUCUACUCCACCGCCCUCGAGUCCAUCCAGGGGAAUGUCAAGGACCCAGAACCAGUGGCAGAUGAUGACACAUUGGGUGGAAUUCCUGCCAAACAUAAAGACGAGAGUCUGCUCAUCUUUUUAGGAAUUAUCGACAUUCUUCAGUCUUACAGGUUCGUUAAGAAGGUGGAACACUCCUGGAAGGCUCUUGUACAUGACGGGGACACAGUGUCAGUGCACAGGCCCAGUUUUUAUGCAGACAGAUUUCUGAAAUUCAUGGGCACGACUGUUUUCAAGAAGAGCCAUCCUUUAAGAGGAGCAUCUUCAAAGAGGAAAAAGAACUCUCUUUAUGCAAAGUCAGUCUCCCAGGAGAUUCUGUCCCCGCUGAAGGAGAUGAAGGAGGAGAAGAAAGCCCAAAGCAUGGACAACCUGGAUGGAAACUUUUACAGUUCCUCCAAACAGCCGGAUCUUCUACCUGAGUCUGCCGUUUCUUUAAAACUGAGCGGAAAAGAGGAAGAAGACUAUGAAAACAGUGAAGACCGACGAGCCUCCAGUUCAACGAUUGCUCUGGACGAUCCACUGCCGUCCCUCAGCAGAAGCCAAUCUGACUCUGAACUGGAUGUCUACUUGCCUCACACAGUCUCACCCAGGCGACCCAGCUGGAGCUGAUCAGUCGUCAAUAAAGUUGAGGAGAAACAAGGUUAUUGCUCCUUUCCAACCACCUGCACUUGUGAACUUUGAAACACCAACCGCAGUCCAACAACAUGAAGGCAUCAGGACUUCAGCAAACAUGGCACAAACUACAAGAAGUAGCCUGUUCUUCUCAUUUUCUCCACUGUGAGCAUCACUAUGAUCCUUGUAGAAGCGUAAUGCAGUCACUCGAGAAAAAAAGUCCCGUGUUUCAAUCUCAGAAAAAAUCUGCUCUGUUUUUCCAAAAUAAUGAGAUGCCUCCUCCAUGAAUGUGGGAAUGUUCUUCCUGCUUGCGCCGAGUAGGGCUUGUUACUUCUGCUGCCAGUUUUUAAUCCAUCCGUACUUCCAUUGACUCCCAAAUCUUCUAACAGCUUUUUACUUUUACUCUCUACACUUUAACCACUUUCUAUACUUUACAUUUAAUAAUCGUACUUUAGUUUUAAAACAUUUGAGGUGUGUUAUUAUUUCACUGUGCACCUUCCAGACAUCAUAGCAAUAUGAAUGUAUAUGUAGGGAAUGAUAACACAUAAAAGACAGUCCCACUGGUGUAUCAGCCAACUGAUAUGCAAGGUGUGGAGUUGAAAGAUGCAAAAACACAAAAAAAACCCCACACAUGCAGGGAAGAUGAGUGUGAAGCAAAGACAGAGAAAAGUACAGCUCGUGAUGUCAUCACAUGAAAUCAAGACACUGCUGUUAGCAUUGCACAAAAAUAGCUAGUGAAAAAAGAAAUACUUUUUAUUUUCGAGUACAUGUCCAAACUUUUGACUGGUUCUAUAAAAAAUUAAACUGGACUAAUCUAAUUCAGGAAAACAGAGCAGUUUUUUUUAUUACAUGUUUUUGGAAUUUCUAAGAUAAGUAUCCAAAUUAAUAAUUCAGAAAAAUAUUUUUAAUUUCAAGAAAAGUUAUAUAAGAAUUAUUGCAUGUACAUCUUGUUCAUUUAAAAAAAAUGGCUGCAUUUGUUCUUGAAAAAAAGUGCAUUAGGCUCUGUUGUUCCUCUUUCUUUUAAUGUUAGGUGAAACUCGACUUUCCAAAUCAAUGGAAACACCUCUACAACUAGCAGAUAUAUUAAUGUGUUAAUGUGUAUUAGUAGCACUGAACUACUGUGCUGACGUGCAGUAAAACACUACAAAGCUGCUUCUUUGCCUGUUAUCGUUUACACUGCUGCUAGUAAAUCCUUGUGUUUCUUUGCUAAUAUUUCUGAUUUUCUGUAAAUGUUUAAAUUUCUCAGUGGCUGGUUCCAUGAGGAAGUAAACAUCAGCUCAUCAGCUUCAGAAAUAGAUCAGUGCUCGUUUGUCUUGUAUUUACAUAGAGCUAUGUUCAAAGAUCAUUCAGGUUUUUCAGAUGUAUGUGUGAAAAUCCACAUUAGUUGUUCAGUUCAGUUCAUUUUUUAUUUCAAACAUACACAUUCACCAACAUAUCACAACACCAGUGUACAACAACAACAGCUGUUGUACAUUCACUCACAUUUGCAUGAGUAACGCCCUGUUUUAACCCCGAAGAACAUUACAAAAUUACAUGAUUAAAAAAUGAAUAAAAAGACAAAUUCAUUAGAUGAACUGAAUUUUCAGACAAACUUCCCAUUCAUAAUGACUACUUUGCAACGUACCACAAUAGCUUACUAAAAUUAGCACUCACGGAGCUGCUGGCAUGGCUCUUAUACCUGUUUAAACAUGCAGAAGAUUUUCUGCUACAUAAGACUACGUAAGAUUUUCUUCUACGUCAUUUCACAAAGGUCAACUUUCAUGCUAUAAUGAUGUUUGAACACGUGACAAUUUAAAGGAAAGAACUGGACCCUUGCCCUCUGCAGUACAGCAACACGGUCGGUGUUGUGGUUUCACUCCAUUUGUCACGAUGCUGUGGCUCUGGGUUAUCACCUCUGUCCUCUGAUGAAAUGUUUCUUUGCUAAUAAGAGUUCAAAGAAUGAUAAAAAGAGUGAACAUUUUGUGAAAUGUAUGACAUUGCCUUUCAAACCCAACUGAACACCUACUGUAGAAGAUUUUGUGUUUUAGUUUUAUCCCCUGUUGAUGGACUGGGGCUCUAACGCUUUGUGAACCUAAGUGCUUAAGAAGAUAAAUGGAUGGUGGAUCCCUUCCACCAAAGUUUCUGAGACUACCCACCUUUUCUUUUUCUUCUAACAUUUCUUAAAAUCUAAAUCAAUACAAGAUGAUAUAAUAAUAAUAAUAAUAAUAAUAAUAAUGUUGGUAAAACUAGACAAGGUGAUAUUCUGUUUAUAGUGUGUCAUACCUCAUUACACCCAUUUUAUCUGCACUGGCGUUUCAUAAAACUAUAUCCUGUUACAAACUGUGUAGUACUCUGUAGUAAAAAGACACCAUAGUGUGUCCCAUGUAUAUACUGUCUUCUUAUCUUCCACAUGCCUUAAAAACUUUAAAAAUCAGUGCUUUAAGAUGCUUUGUAGGCCUAUAAUUGUACUAUAGCAAUACUUUACACUUGUAUCAGGGAAAUAAAUUAUUUCAAUAUCUUUA